CCUCCCAGGUCCUAGCUCGUCGUGCACGGCAGCACGAAUGGCACGAAUGCCUCCUUGAGCUCUUGUGGGCCUCUUGAUCCUGCUGCAAGCGUGAAGCGAUCGGACGAGGCGCUGCGUGGCCGCACCGGCAAGGUGCCCUGUGAGCCAGCCUGCAGUGCUGCCUUGACGCCGUCGCGGCGGGCCCACCGGUGGUGCGAGCCACACUGCGUUGACGCCGUCGCUGCGGCGCACACUAUGACUCUCGGCGACGUAUGGCUCGACUUCGACCCCGCGGCCCUCGUCGCAACGGGAUUAGACGUCGACGACGAUCUCGCAUUCCUGGCGCUGCUGGCGCUGCAGCGCCGCGGCCGCCUGAACUUGAUAGGAGUGUCGGUGACGGCGGGGAACGCCGCGCUGCGCGACACGUUGGCAAACGCGAAAAGUCUCCUGCGCCUCGCGGGUGUGAAGCUCGAGCCGGCGGCCGGCGCGUCCUAUCGUGAUAUGCACGUACCCUGGCCGUGGGUCCGGCGCCUCCACAACGUGCGCGGCGACGUCGCGUCCUCGCCCGACGCCGUCGAUGCGAUCCGAUCUGCGGUGCUGGCGCGGCCGCCGCACUCGCUGACGAUCGUAGCCCUCGGGCCGCUGACGAACGUCGCGGCCGCGUUAAUGGAUUCAGACGUCGCGGGCCGCGUCGGCCGCGUCGUGUCCAUGGGCGGCGCCCUCGACGGCAAGAGGCUCGACCUGAACUGGCUGUCGGACCGGGCCGCGGCGCGCGCCGUCGUCGCGUCUCGGGUGCCGCUGACGGUCGCGCCCGUGGAGCUCUGCGCGCAGGCCGCCGUGCAGCCAGAGGACGUCGACCGGCUCGUGGAGAGGUGCUGCCCGGGCGCUGCCGUUUGUUCAUUGGCUCGGGCUAUGCGGCGGCAGUGCGCGUUCUCGCGGCGCUUUGUUAAUAAGGGGCUCGUGGCCCGCGUGUCAAAUGCACACACUGCCCUAAAAAGCGACGCCUUCGUGCCGUGGGACGUCGUGGCGGUCCUCGCGGUUGCAGAGCCGGAGCUGUUUGGGGAGUGGCGCGAAUUCGACGUCGCCGUGCCGCCGUGUGUUUCGGGCGAGCCGUGCGACGGCACUGUCGUAGUCCGGAACGGGUCGGGGGUCCUGGCGCCGACGCGGCUCGCGCCCGGCGGCGUCGUCGACGCGCUGGUCGACCUGGUCUGUGACGUGCCGGCCGUCGGGCCGGCGCCGGGUAUUGUUGGCGCGCCGGUGCUUUUCGGUUCAGUCGCUGUCGCGGUUUUGGUGCCCUUGUUGUUGUUGAGAGGAGUAGUGAGUAAGUUUAGAUCAAAGACCAGCUAG